GCUAUGCUCUUUUCUAAGCUCCUUGCUCGCCCCAUCUCUCGGUCGACGCCUACCUCCAUCUAGGCUCUACUCAGCACACUCGGCGGUUGCCGCACCCCCCCAUCCCUCAAAAUCUCGGAGGAGUGCAAGCGGGAAGGAGAGCGGACCUCCUCGCAAAGGAAGUCAGGUGCAGCAAGAGAAAAGGCGUUUUGGAGACUCCUCGGGAGGCAGCGGUGUGCAGCGGGCUCGCAAGGGACCGCAAUCAGCGGCACAACAUUCGUCAAAUCAGUCACGACCAUCACGGAAGCUCCCGGCACGAGACUGGUCUCAGCAUCUCGUUGCGUCUUCUUCCUUGCCAUCUUCUCCCUUUGUAGCGACCAAAAAGUUCCCCCAGUCGCCGACCCAGCCACAGCUAAAAUCAAAGUCUGCUCCCAAGCCGAAAACACAGGUGUUCCUACCUUCGGUCAUCACCGUCAGCAACUUGGCCCGACUGCUUGGCGUCCGAAUGCGCUCGCUCCAAAGCACGAUGGUCCAGUCAGUUGGGCUCACUGACACGCGGCCGGACGCCAUGCUGCAGUUUGAGCAAGCCGAGUUGCUCGCACUCGAGUAUAACCUUGAAGCCGUCGCCAACGAUGCGGCGGCAUUCGACAUAUACCCACGCCCAGCUCUGGAUCCGGACAGCGCCGAUAGCGCGCAGUUGCCUUUGCGCCCGCCGAUCGUCACCGUCAUGGGCCAUGUCGAUCACGGCAAGACGACGCUGCUCGACACCCUGCGCAAGACGAGCGUCGCACAGGGCGAAGCAGGCGGGAUCACGCAGCAUAUCGGUGCUUUCAGUGUGCCGGUCGGUGCAGCAGCUGCCAAUGAAGGCGGAGCAUCCUCAAGAGAUGCGGUCAAGACAGUCACCUUUCUCGACACGCCUGGCCAUGCCGCGUUCACCGCCAUGCGCUCGCGAGGCGCCAGUGUGACGGAUAUCAUUGUCCUUGUCGUCGCUGCGGACGACGGUGUGAUGCCGCAGACGGAGGAGGUGAUCGAGCUGUGGAAGGACCUAGCGGAGCUCCCCGAGGGAUCUUCCACUCCGAGCCAGAGCCAGCGCAAAGGCAGCAGAGGCGGUCAGGCGCACUCUCCCCUUCAGCUGGUCGUCGCGCUCAACAAGGUGGACAAGCCAGACGCUGACCCGGGGCGUGUGAAGCGCGACCUGCUCGCACGAGGUGUCGAGCUCGAGGAGUUUGCCGGCGACGUUCCGUGCGUCGAGGUGAGCGGCAAGACGGGCGCGGGCCUGGACCUGCUGGAAGAGACGCUCGCCACGCUCGCCGAGCUCGCCGAGCUGCGCGCCGAGCGCACCGGGCCUGCUGAGGGCUAUGUGCUCGAGUCGCGCGUCGAGAAGGGGCGUGGUAACCUGGCGACCGUGCUGGUCAAGCGCGGGGCGCUCAAACCGGGCGACUGCCUGAUUGCCGGAACGAGCUGGUGCAAAGUGCGUCAGAUCUUCGAUGGUGCCGGCAAAGUCGUGCGCAUCGCUUUCCCUGGCGACCCGGUGCUCGUCGCCGGCUGGCGUGAGCUGCCGACUGCAGGCGACGAGCUGCUCGGCAGCACAUCCGAGGCGGACGUCAAGCGUGCCGCGGAGAACCGCAAGGAGGCGCAGGCGCGUCGCGCGCUGCUGAAGGACGCAGAGAAUAUCAACGAGAGCAGGAGACUCAAGGCCGAAGAUGACGAGCGCGCUAAGCAGGAAGCAUAUGGAGACCGUGUGAGGAGAAGGGCGCAGCGCGCAGGCCAGGAGAUCGACCCGCUCACGGGCCAGCCGUUCGUCAGCCCGCAGCAGCUGCUGUCGAAUGCUUCGCGCUCGACAGCGGGAACGGCAGCAAAAGAGGAAGAGGCGGAAGGAGGCGGAACGGAGGGACGCAAGGAGCUUCGCCUGCUCGUCAAGGCGGACGUCAGCGGAACGGUCGAAGCGGUCGUCGGUGCGAUUCAAGGGCUCGGCAACAACGAAGCGGGUGUGCGUAUCAUCGCAUCAGGCGUCGGCGAACCGUCGGAGGGCGACGUGUCGCGCGCGCAAGCGUCGGAAGCGUCGAUUAUCUGCUUCAACCUCUCGCCUUCCUCGUCGCUCAUCAAGUCCGCUGCGCGUCUGACGCCACCGGUGGGCAUCCACGUUGACACAGUGAUCUACCGGCUGAUGGACCAUGUGAGCGCACAGGUGGCGGCGCUGCUGCCACCGCGCAUUGAGACGCGUGUGCUGGGCGAAGCGAGUGUGGCACAGAUCUUUACGAUAAACGUGCGCGCACGCGUCUUCCGCAACAUUGCCGGUUGCCGUGUAACGAACGGCGUGGUGAACCGGGGUGCGCGCGUGCGCAUCCUGCGCGGCAAGGAGCGCAGCAUUAUCUUUGACGGCAAGCUCGACACGCUCAAGCACGUCAAGAAGGACGUCGAGGAGAUGCGCAAGGGAACGGAAUGCGGCAUGGCCUUUGACGGAUUCGAGAACAUCAUGGUUGACGACGUCAUACAAUGCUACAAUACCUUCGAGGUGCCGCGGACAUUGUAG